AUGAAACCUUUGUUACACCGCUUUUUGUUGGUGGUUUUUUUUAGCUUCUUCAGGCUUGCGUUAACGGCCCCUGCGAGUGACACGGGAAACGGGACCACGGUUGAAGCCGCUGAUUUCUCGAAAGAUGUCAAUUCGCUAGUGGUGGCCUUGCAGGACUUCAAUGCCCACCAACAUCUCCCUACUUAUAUGCAUGGCAGCAGACUUAGAACCUCGUCACAGCCAAGAAUGCACAUGACGAAACGGUCGGACAUCCCCAUCUUGGAUAGCAUGUUUGCCUACUUGGCCGAUAGCGGAUUUGCAAUUACCUUUAUUGAUUUUGUGCUUUUGAGGCGCGAGUUGUUGCAAGUUGUCAUCAACACCACCAUUUGGGUGAUAAGAUUGAGGUUGAUUAGCUUGCCCAACUUGUUGAGUGCUUUGGAAGACUCGGGGUUGGUUGUGCAGACGUUGCAGUUGGGUUUGGAAGACCCCGACAUCAUGCCCGGGUUGAUUCGCAUAACGCGCGAAGUCUUGAGCCAGACCGAUCUCAGCAACGUCAAUCUACUCAAUAAGCGUGGGGACGAGACCCAGGGUGUGGCUGCGAUUACCGCAUCGAACAAACGAUCAACAGUUUUCCACUGGGACUGGGAAAAGAGAGAUAACCCAAUCAUGACGGAGCUAUUCACGGCGUUGAAGGACUCGGGUUUGGCGGCUGCCGUGGUGAGCCAUUUACUAACCAGCGAAAGAUUGGUUGAAGCAAAUGCCCAUUUCCUCGUGUCUAUCUUGGAGUCUCACGCUUUGAAUCUAGCUGACUUGGUGCAAGCACUAAAGAAGUCGCGUUUUUUCUGGGGUUUGGCUAAACAGUUCAUGAAGAAUCCACAGGUUGUCAAGGAGCUCGGAAGCACGAUAGUACUGCGCGUGGCCAAGGGGUUGAUUCCAAAGCUGUUGAUCACGGACUGGGAAGCCUUGGGCUUGGUUGGCUGA